UGAUGUUCAUGAAGGUUGAGGAAUAUUUAGUUGGAGACUCUUCCUACAUUAGAAGAACUGGGGAGACCAGACCAGCCUCCCUCAGAGGAGCAGAAGCAGCGGGUGUGGAAGGAAGGCAGCCGGAAGGCAAAGGGAGUGAUGAGCUCCUUUGUGGAUGCUUCAGGAGUUCUGUCACUACAAAGGUCAUUGGUCCAAACACCUUCAUACUUUCUAUUGGCGUUCUGAAAGAUUUGCUCAUCCAGCCAGACCUCUUCCAGGAAGCUUUCCCAUGGAAUCUUGGAAACAUGAGGAAGGUGCUGGGAGUGUUGCCUCUGUCACCUGCCCUGAUUGUGAAAACAGCAGCAUGCUUGGGCUGUGCAUCACAGCCCUGCCAAGGAUAAAAGGGCUGCUGCCCUGUGCCAUACAACCACAGCCUCUUCAGCACAGCCUUCUCCUCCAGACUUUGCUGUAUCCGGCUGACUGACUCCUGCCAAGAUGUCCUGCCAGCAGAACCAGAAGCAGUGCCAGCCUCCUCCCAAGUGCCCCUCCCCCAAGUGCCCCCCAAAGAGCACAGCACAGUGUCUGCCUGCAGCCUCCUCCUGCUGUGCCACAAGCUCUGGGGGCUGCAGUGUCCCCAGCUCUGAGGGAGGCUGCUUCCUGAGCCACCACAGGCGCAGGUCCCACAGAUGCAGGCGCAGGAGCUCCAGUUCCUGUGACCGGGGCAGUGGCCAGCAGUCGGGGGGCUCAGGCUGUGGCCACAGCUCUGGAGGCUGCUGCUGA